AUACAGUAGCUACAUAGAGAAGUAAUUCUCUGUUCUCAGUUACAUGAAAAUUGAAAUAAACAAACGAUGAGAAGAAAUGUUAAAUGGAAGUGUAGUGACCAUAUUCUUCCUCUCAGGUCUUCCCCACCCACCAGUCCUAGACACCAUGCUCUUUGGACUCUUCCUUGUCAUUUAUAUUCUUACUGUGUUGGGAAACCUUCGCAUCCUGAUGGUAAUCAGGGUGAAUUCCCACCUCCACACACCCAUGUACUACUUCCUCACCAACCUCUCCUUUAUAGAUAUGUGGUUCUCCACAGUCACAGUACCCAAAUUGCUGAUGACUUUGGAGUCGCCAGGGGGUGGGGCCAUCUCCUUCCACAGCUGUGUGGCACAGUUCUAUUGCUUCCACUUCCUGGGCAGCACCGAGUGUUUCCUCUAUACAGUCAUGUCCUAUGAUCGCUACCUGGCCAUCAGUUACCCACUCAGGUACAGCAGCAUGAUGAGCGGGAGAGUGUGCGCCCUCCUGGCAGCAGGUACCUGGCUCACUGGUUCCCUGCACUCUGCUGUCCAGACCACACUGAUUUUUCAUUUGCCCUACUGUGGACCCAACCAGAUCCAGCAUUAUUUCUGUGAUGGGCCACCCAUCCUCAAGCUGGCUUGUGCAGAUACCUCAGCCAUUGAGAUGGUCAUCUUUGUGAACAUCGGGGUAGUGGCUUCGGGCUGCUUUCUUUUGAUUUCGCUGUCCUAUGUGUCCAUUGUCUGCUCCAUUCUGAGGAUCCGCACUUCAGAGGGCCGACACAGAGCUUUCCAGACAUGUGCCUCACACUGCAUCGUGGUCCUCUGCUUCUUUGUGCCCUGUGUUUUCAUCUACCUGAGGCCAGGCUCCAGGGAUGCUGUGGACGGAGUGGUGACAGUUUUCUACACUGUGCUGACACCCCUACUCAACCCUGUUGUGUACACCCUGAGGAACAAAGAGGUGAAGAAAGCACUGGUUAAACUCAAAGACAAAGUAACGUUUUCUCAAAGAUAAUUUUAACACUUUAAAGGAG